AUGAACGGGACAGUCCUUAUAACCGGGGCCAACGGCUCUCUAGCCCUUGGCUUCGCCAAAUCGUUCCUAUCGCUCUACCCAAACCAUACACUCAUAGCAACAGUCCGAAACCCAUCACCAGAAAAGGAUCCCAACACCGCCAAACUCGCCCGGCUUAUUUCCAAAUACCCGAAUGCGAACGUCCACAUCGAAGCCCUGGAUCUCAGCAACCUAAAGAACGUUCGUUCCUUCGCAGAGAAACUCUCCACCCGCAUCCAUGCCGGGGAAUUUCCCAGAUUGACCGCUAUAAUCUGCAAUGCUGCCGCGAUUUCUCUAGGUGGAGGUCAGAAAUUCACCCCCGACGGCUACGAGACUACCUUUCAAGUCAGCCACCUAUCGCAUUAUCUCCUGGUUUUGAAACUGCUUGACAGUAUCGAUGUUCACUCAGGACGAAUCGUUAUGCUUGGAUCAAUCACUCAUUAUACUGAGAAGCCGAAUCCUUUUUACUCCUUGGCAACUCACGUCCCUGAUGAUGUCGAAGAACUUGUGAAGCCCGGUCCUGAUCCUCCGUCUUUGGUUUAUGAUCGGGGGUUCCAAAGAUAUGGUUUUGCCAAGCUUGCGAAUGUGACAUUUGCCAAUGACCUUAACAGAAGACUAAAGAAGGAUCCGAAACUUUCGAAUGUGUUCGCAAUGUCUAUGGACCCUGGUGGGCUUCCUUCAUCGAGAGGUCAAGCAGAGCAAAAGUUUUCUCUCAAACUUGUUUUUGCGGUGAUCAACUUCCUUAUGCCGGUGGUUAAGCACUUGACUACUAAUUUCCGGACAACAGAUGAUUCAGGUCGGGACCUUGCUGCUGUUAGCGUUGAUCCGGCGUUUCACGGUCAGUGUGGGUACUUUGAUGGACAGAGAAAGGGGAGUUGUACGACUGCUAGUGAGGAUUUAGAAUGGCAGAAGAGGCUUUGGAGUGCUUGUUGGAGAUGGGCUGGACUUAGUGGUGGAGAAACAGUACUUCAGGAUUGCUCUUAG